GCUUGUUGCGCAGCUCUCAGGUCAGCUGGUAGCAGCUCACCUCGCCGAGCACAGAUGGGAGCGAGUUUGUUGAAUCAUGCGUGUUGACAGCGGCACUAAACCACCAUGGUAGGUACCAUAUACGACCAGAAGCAGUCUGACAUUGCCCAGGAAUGAAUGAAUCGAGUGCACACUUUGUAACUGGGACUAUCUGAAGAAGUUUAAAGUUGGGAGUACUUCGGGAGAUACGCUCCUGCUCUGCCUCUCUCUCGGACAGCCGAAGCCACUUUCUUCAGCGUCUGGUUGAAUCCAGAUUUUCGCUUUUACCAACAUUUUCCCAGACACUCGACGAUUGGGAACAUAAAUGAUGAAGUUUAAGCCCAACCAGACCAGGACGUACGACGGCGAAGGGUUCAAGAGGAGAGCAGCGUGUGUGUGUUUUAAAAACGAAAAAGAGGACGAGGUGCUACUGGUGAGCAGCAGUCGCCAUCCAGACCAAUGGAUCGUGCCAGGAGGAGGAAUGGAGCCUGAGGAGGAGCCCUGUGGGGCCGCUGUCAGGGAGGUGUACGAAGAGGCUGGUGUGAAGGGAAGGCUUGGCAGAUUACUCGGGAUUUUUGAGCAAAAUAAAGACAGUAAGCACAGGACGUACGUCUACACCCUCAUGGUGACGGAGACACUGGAGGACUGGGAGGACUCUGUCAACAUUGGACGGAAGAGGAAGUGGUUCAAAGUUGACGAAGCCAUCAGGGUGCUGCAGAGCCACAAGCCUGUCCACGCAGAGUACCUACGCAGGCUCACAAACAGCUGCGUUCCUGUGUGUAGCCCGACUAACGGCAAGACCCCGAGCUCCCAAGUGAUGGACAACAACACGCCUCACUGUGUUGUUUGCUCCACACAGGGCUCAGCCAACAGAUAGGACGAUCACCAGCAGCAAGCAGUGCUUCUAAGAGGACACCGGGAUGGACAUCUGACAAAGACUUCUGCAUUGAUUGCAUUACUAACGCAGCCUCUUAAUAUGUACAGUAUGGACUUCCUUGAAGUUGAUUUGAAACCCAGUUUGAGGGAGUGCCAAAAUGUUUUCCAAGUAUAUUCAAGAUUUUUAUAUGUAUAUUUUUUAACUGCCAUCAACAGCUAAUGGAGCAAAUGUGUCCUUUUCAAGCGUUCAGCUUCAGAUGGGAUUUCUCAGUGUGCUGCUUAUGCAAUGUAAAAGUCCUGAAUAUUUGACUAUCAGUGAACACAAGUGUUUGUGUGGUUUCAUUUGAAGUAUUUGCUCUUGGAGGAAGUCAUUUCCCCACGGUGACUCAGUGGCAUAAUGCCCUUCUACAAAGCGUUUUGAAGAAGAGAAGCUACAUGUGUAUGAAUCUCUUGUUACAGUUCAGUGUUUUGUGAAUCGUUAAGACACUUUACACAGUCUUGUCACAAACUCACGUCUUGUGAGGUAUUUAGCCUUAGAGAGCUGAGGGGAAAGUCUGCUUUAAUACAACAAGUGUGAACUACAUUGCUCCUCCUGUAAUCACCACCUAACAAGUACACACAGUAUCAUCUCUCAUCACUGUAAUUAAGAUCUGCAAACCAGCCACAACACUAAAAUGGAGACUUGAAUAGUUCUUCCUCAGACAUCCUUCUGUUUUUACAUUUAGGUAAUGUUGUUAGACUGACAAGCGUAUUGGUACAGUUAAAUACAGGAUAAAUAUCAGCUUUUGUACAAUGGAACAGAAUUGCAGUACGCAUAAUCAAAACUUGCAAAUGUGCCAAAAAAACAGUAUUCAACACAGAAAUAAUACUUAUCUGCAGGAGACACUAUUAUUAUUCAGUGAGAGUGUGAAGUCCUGUUAAUGUCUGUGAGGUGUUUGUUUUAGAGGAGAAUUACAAUGUGCUGUAGUCUGAUUCUUAUAAGUGUCUUAAACAAUAGUAAUUUGAGUUUAGUUUCUAAACACUGCACACCAGCACUGACUGGAAGCAUUACAAUCUGCCUUACACACACACUGUUGAAACCAGACCAUUGUUUUUCUCAGCUGUGGUUAGAUUUAAACAAUAUGAUAUAGAAGGAAACUUGGAGAUGUUGUUACAAUUUGAAUGUACAGUAUUUACUAAGAAUUUAUAUAAUUUAUUUAUUUAUGUGUCAUAGGGAAAUACUCCCUCCCAUCAUGAACAGGAAACUAUAACAGGAACUAUGACAGGAAGUUAUGGUCAGUGUGCCAGACUUUCUUUUUGUCAACACCCCAGAAAGAAAGCGCAAAUUAUGUGAUAAAUUCAGUUUAUUGACUUCCAUUGGCUCUUAUACUUGGGGAGCAUUUGGAAGAUCAUUGAUAAACCCUUUUUUAUUUGUGUAUGUGUGAUUGGACUAUUCUGCUGUGUACCAUGAUGUUGUAUAUAAAACAUUUAAAUAAAAACGUUUAUUGAUCAUC